UGCCUUUCCCACUUCACCUGGUUCAUGCACCUACCUUUCCCUCUUAUCUUUAAAUUCCAAAACUUUUACUCACAUAACAGAAAAAUCAAAUUCCAUCUCUCCUUUCUUCUUCUCUCCCAAUUCUGAAAUUAUAAUGUUCGCACAACCCUUAUCUCAAUCUGAUCUUUCAAUUUUAGAGUCAGUUCACCGUCAUUUGAUCGGUGAAUCGGGCCCUGAACUCACUGUUUCAACCGCUACUUGUACUUCUACUGCCACUUCUUAUCGCCGGAGUUCCAGCUUUGGCCGCUUAUACCCUUGUUUAACUGACACGUGGGGGGAUCUUCCUUUGAAGGAAAACGAUUCCGAGGAUAUGCUUGUUUAUAAUUACUUGCGGGAUGCCCUCACUGAAGGUUGGCUCCCGGUUCCACAGGAGGUUACCGACAGCUGUCAGGUUAAUUUUUCGGUGAAGGAGGAGCCUUUUAUGACAACUGACCAAGAAAUUAGAGCUCUUCCUGCUGCGAUGGUGGCGGCCCCUGCUCCAGUCGUGGCUGCUCCGUCUAGAGGAAAGCACUACCGAGGAGUUAGACAGAGACCUUGGGGAAAGUUCGCCGCGGAAAUUCGGGACCCGGCGAAAAAUGGAGCCCGUGUUUGGUUGGGGACUUUUGAGACAGCUGAGGAUGCGGCUUUGGCAUAUGAUCGAGCCGCUUAUAGGAUGAGGGGUUCGAGGGCUUUGUUGAAUUUUCCUUUGAGAAUUAAUUCUGGAGAACCCGAGCCGGUUAGAAUUACGUCAAAAAGAUCAUCGCCGGAGCGGAGCCUUUCAUCGGAGAGUAAGUCGCCAAAGAGGAGGAGAAAGGUAGGUGGUGGCAACUCAACCACGACCCAAGCCGGGUUGGAAAUGGGAAGUGGAGUUGCACAAGUGGCACGUGCAGAACAAGUGUUGGUUUCAUAAUGCUGAAGUGGAAGAUAUUUGGACUUGAGUGACUCAAAAAUUAAUAUGUAUAAAUGGGGGUAUACUCAUUUUUUGAUUGAGCACUAAAAGUUUUGGGCAAAAAUUAAAAAAUAAAAAACCCCAAAAUUAGUGAGGCAUGGGGAAGUACAAUGUUGCAUUUGGGUUUUGGUUUUGGUUUUGGUUUUAGUUUGAGUUUGGUCUGUGGAUACAAAAAAAUUGUUUUAUUUUC